ACUAUAGGUAGAUCAAUAGGAUUUUAAAGCCACCAUUUUAUACACCGUAUAUUUAUUUUGUUGAAAAGUGCGGAACGGCAAAAGUUUCUUAUAUGAAAAGCAUUCUUAAUUUCCAAUUUUGGCAUAUCAAAAGGAACACUGGUACUAAAUAGAUACUUAAAUGGAAAUUCGGUGAGAAAAAGUUUUUAAAACGUUUAAGGGAAAAGUGACUUUGUAUGGAAUGCAUGUUUGCAAAUAAAUUUUGCUGUUCCAAUUGAAAUAAAUUUGAAAGUGUUCUUUUUUGGAUUAGAGACAUAAUGGGUGCAAUAAAAUCAAAAUUCUUUCGGUCUAAAUCAGGAUCCAGAAAGGAAAAGGGAGAUAAAAAGGUGAAAGAAAAGAAGCAAAAGAAAACAGUUAAUCUUCCAGACUCCCAUUCUGCGAGGAAGAUUGUGGACCCUAGACUGCCCUUCUCCAACUAUAGGCAGAUUUUUAGUAUACGCAAUGCAUGGAAGGCCAUUCAGCGAUCCAUGGAAGAAUGUGCUACAGAAACAUUUAUCAGAUUCUUAAACAACCAUACAAAUUACAAGGAGAAGUAUGCAAGUAUAAGUGGGAUUCAAGAUGGAGACCUCGAAGAACUGAGGAAGAAUCAGGAUUUUGAAGAUAAAGCAAUGGAUAUCUAUGUUAUAUUUGAUGGCGUCAUAGCAAAUCUAGAAGACGUUGAUAAAGCCUUGCAAGAGAUACAAUAUGGGGCUCCUGCUACACAGUUUUCACACAAAAUGGUCAAAGACUACCAAGGAGCGUUUAUGGAAACGAUCAGAUUACAUUUGGGAUCAGACAGGUUUACUGAAACAACUGAAAACAAUUACAAACUUCUGUACGAGUUUAUUCAGGAAGAAUUGUGUAAACACAUUGAAGACGAUGAAUCAACAGUUAUUGAUGAUUCAAAAGCGGAGGUAGACGAAUCAGAGACUGUGGUCGAUGAUUCAAGAAUGGUUGCUGAUACUGAGGUUGAGGUUAAUUUAUGCAUGGAUGAUACUUCUUAACGAGGAGUAUAAAAAUUGAAACGUUUAGGCCAGCGGUAUGAAGGGAAAACUGUAGCUUCCACGGUUGUUUGUUAAAACGAGACUCAAUCAAACAGGAUCCUAUUAUUUUGUAUCUGCUGAUAGAAGUCCCAGUGCAUUGUCUCAGAAACAAAAUGUAUCCACUUUUAAACUGUAGCAUCUUCAAAAUAUAACACCCAGGGAUAUUAUAUUAACAAAAUGUUGCACAUAUGGAGUAAAUGUAAAGAAUAUAUAGUACAUUUGUCUGAUAUGUCAACAAAGUAUAGCAUCUACGAUGUAUAAAUGUGUUAUAUCAACAAUUUGAAGAAUAUGUGGUUAUUAUGUCAACAAAAUAAAGCUUACAUAUACAUGUAUAUUUGUUAUGUCAACAAAAUAUGGUAUAUAGUUAUUGUCUAAAUUAAGUGGCAUCAAUGGCUGUUAAGAGAAAAACAUGUUUCAUCUAUGGACAUAACAUCUCAGCUUAGAAGUAUAAAUAUGAACAUAUUUCCUUUAGAUAAGGAGAAUAUAGAUCUAUGCAUUACACAUACGUAUGAAUUGCACACUAUAUUAUACACACAAAUAUUUACAAUAAAAUACAGAAAUUAUUAUGUUCCAAUGUACUUGUCAUUAAUUUUUAUUAUAUGUAUCACUUCUGCGAAAAUUAGAAUGCACACUGCUUGAAAUUAAAAAGUUGACACAAGCUACAAUAAUAGACAUUUCUACUGAACAUUCUACAUGAACGUUUAAUAUAAAAAAAAACCGCUGAUUUCAUUAACAUGUUUAUACACUUUGAUUUUAAUUUUAUGGCCAACCACUUGUGCAAAAUUAAAAGUUACAGCAGGAUGCAUGACGGCUGUACAACUUUUACAAAUAUGGACAUAUACUUUGUGGAGUUCAUUUGAUUAUAUGUAUUUUUUCUAUAAAGUAAAUAGCAGAAAUAUG